AUGCUCUUUCUCUUUCAUCCUUUUGUUCCCGAAACUCUGUGGGUAAAAGAAGUCCCUAAAAGUGCUAAUCGACUGCAAGACGCAAUGAGCAACUCCAAGCAACAACAAGAAGUGCAAACGCCAAACAACCUCUCCAAUGAACCGGUGCAGACCGAAGAUAACGUGAAGAAGGGGCGAAACACAUUCUUUACGAAGGUGAGUUUGUGCGUCGCCACUGUUUUGCCUCCGGGUGGCAUUGCGGCCAGUGCUUUUAACAUGGCGUCAACAACAAUCGGUGCGGGAAUCUUCGGGAUGCCUCCGGCGGCCAACAGUACCGGCCUUAUCAUGGGAAUGUUUUACCUCAUUUUCAUCUCUUCCGUAACGGUUUUCACGAUGCACAACCUCUCAGUCGCAGCCGACCGCUCAGGAGCCCCCACCUUCGAGAGGGCAACUCGCGCACUUCUCGGCCGCGGGGCUGCGUAUGUUCUUGCUGGUAUUCGAGCGCUACUCGGUUUUAGUGGUUGUGUUGCCUACGUGAUUUCAGUGGGAGAUAUUUUGUCUGCCAUUUUGAAAGGCACAAAUGCGCCGGACUUCCUGAAGGAAAAAUCAGGUAAUCGUCUUCUCAUGGCGGUGGUUUGGGCAUGUUUUAUGCUUCCACUGACGAUUCCGCGUCACAUCGACUCCCUUCGGUACGUCUCCACUUUUGCCGUUACCUUCAUGGUGUAUUUUGUCAUUGUGAUCGUUGUGCACUCGUGCAUGAAUGGCUUGUCGGAGAAUAUAAAGAAUGUUAGUGUGACCAAGAGCGAAGAUGCCGAAAUCAUCCUAUUCAACAGCGGAUUCCAGGCCAUUGAGGGAAUGGGAGUAUUUAUGUUCGCAUUCAUAUCGCAGAUUACAGCGUACGAAGUUUAUAUUGACAUGAAGGAUCGUUCAGUACGUAAGUUUGUUAUUGCGGCCAUCAUUGCCAAUACCCUUUGCUGUAUAAUGUACAUAAUCACUGCCUUUUUCGGUUACAUGGACUUUGGUAAGACCGCAACCAGUUCUAUUUUGCUUAUGUACGACCCCGUAAAGGAGCCGGCUGUAAUGGUUGGUAUGAUUGGCGUCGUUAUCAAACUAUGCGUAUCCUAUGCCCUAGUUGCUAUGGCGUGUCGUAAUGCAUUGUAUGACGUCGUUGGGAAGACUGCGGAUUCUCUACCCUUUUGGAAGCAUUGCGUGUCAGUCAUUACACUGUCGUUCCUUGUUUUGCUUUUGAGUAUAUUCAUCCCGAAGAUCACCACCGUGUUUGGUAUUGCCGGAUCUGUGUGUGGUGGUUCACUGGGUUUCGUCUUCCCCGCGUUGUUGAUUAUGUACUCAGGGGGCUUCACAUGGCAGAAAGUUGGGCCCUUAUAUUACAUUACGACUUAUGUGGUGCUGCUGUGCGGUGUGUUUCUUAUUGUGUUCGGCACCGGCUCCACCAUUUUGGAUACCGUCAGGGGAUGA